AUGUUCUCAGAAGUUGAUUCAUCAAAGAGCGAGCUGUUGGUGUUCGCAAUGAAGAAAAAGAUAUUCUGCGAGGGUUCACUGCUGGACGCUGUUCAACGUGCAAAUCUUUUCUCCGAUUGCAAGCAUUUCGUCGAUAUGCCGUUGAAGCAUGACGCAGAGACAACACUCGUACGGUGGGAAGCGUUACGGGCAGCCGGACCAGUGAGUGUAGAGCGUUUACGUGAAUUCAUCGACGAAUACUUUGACCAGCCAGAAGACGAACUGGUUGGUUGCGAUCCCAUUGACUGGAAUCCCGAUAACAAUGCUUUUAAUUCCAUCAAGGAUUCGAAUUACCGUUCAUUCGCGCUAGCACUACACAGGAAAUGGCCAACACUAUACAGAAAGAUUUCGGACAGCGUACAAAUGAAACCUGAGAGGUACUCAAUCAUUCCAGUUCCAAAUCCGUUUGUAGUACCUGGUGGAAGGUUUCGAGAAAUUUAUUACUGGGAUAGUUUCUUCAUAAUCAAAGGGCUUUUGGCUUCUGGUAUGUAUGUCACUGUCCGCGGAAUGAUCGAAAAUAUGCAGUACUUGGUUGAGAAGUUUGGCUUUGUUCCAAAUGGCAAUCGAAUCUAUUACUUAAAUAGAUCUCAACCACCUGUUCUUACGUGGUGUGUUCAUGCAUACUACGUGGCCACGAAUGACCUUGCUUUUGUCGAAAAACUUCUACCGACACUUCGAAAGGAGAUGGCGUUUUUCCAAACGAACAGAUCAGUUAUAAUGGACGGAUGGCCAAGCUCGCUGUAUCGUUAUCGCGUUGUUGUAGACUCACCACGUCCUGAAAGCUAUCGUGAAGAUAUCGAAUGCGCCGCACACUUGCAUGAAGAAGCUGAAAAGCAGAAGCUUUGGGGUGAUAUUGCUGCUGCAGCCGAGAGUGGACGAGAUUUCUCAAGUCGUUGGUUCGCUCAGACAGGACCGCUGGUGGGGAAAAUGGAAGGGACGAGGACCAGUGAAAUAGUGCCUGUUGACCUUAACGCAAUCAUCUGUGGCAAUUUGUUGUUGAUGGGAGAUCUUUACGAUGCAAUCGGUGAUAUCGAUGGCUCAAAGUGGUGUGCUCAAAUGGCCGAUUUGAUGAAGCAAACUAUUUACCAGGUGCUCUGGUACGAAUCAGCCGGAUGCUGGUUCGAUUACGAUACGGCAACAGGUCAACAUUUGUGCAUGUUCAGCGAUACAAAUUUCUUUCCGUUGUACACGAAAGCUACACAUCCAGGAUUCGAUUCACAGAGUGUCGUUGACUAUUUGCGUAGAACAGGGGUAUUAGAGUUUCCUGGUGGAGUACCGUCGUCACUCGUCGCUACUGGUCAACAGUGGGACUUCCCAAAUGCCUGGGCACCAACGAUGUGGAUUCUUAUUGAAGGUCUCCGUUCGACAGGGCAGGAUGAAAUUGCACUGCAACUUACAGAUAAAUGGGUGCGGAAGAAUUUCAACGUGUGGCGCACCAGUGGAGGGAAGAUGUUCGAAAAGUACAACGUUGUCACUUCAUGUAACAAAAUCGUGGGGGGUGGUGGCGAGUAUGAAACGCAAGAAGGAUUUGGUUGGAGUAAUGGAGUGUUGCUCGAUUUGUUGAUUACAUACGGUAGUCAGAUUUCCUGGACACCUACAGAUGAGUGCAUAUGCUGUGGAACGGACUGCAUAUGCCUUAUGUAG